UUGAAGAGAUAGUCACAAAAUCAGGAAAGAGAGGAAAAAGUAACGGAAGAGUCUAGGGGAAAUAAGCUCCACAAAAGCCAACGGGGGCAGGAAAAGGCUCUGGGCAAGAAACCGCUCUCCUGCUUGUGACUGGGGAAUGGUUGAGAAUGGAAACUGAUCUGUAUGGAGCGGGAACGUGGGGCUUUGGAGCGAAAGGAAAAAUCCUGUCGAGUGGAUUGUAAGGAACUCUGCUAACAAAAGAGGGGGCGAGCCAGGGAGCCAUGCAUCCAGAUGUUGCUGCUGCUACCCGGGUGGAACUGGAGUUCCCCAAAAUGAGAACUGAAGGUAAAACAGCUGCAGCCCAGCUACUGCCACUGAGAAAGGUGACCUGUCACCAUGCCAGGUGCUGACACGAUGACAGCUAGCAAGGCAGCCGACGUGAGCAGCAAGUCUGAAAACGGUGUCUGCAAAUCCAUUGAGAGGGUCAAGCUUGCAAGUAAAAAUAAUAGAAACACGGUGAAGGAAUUAGAAAGACUUUGGUUUGGGUCUUCAAGUGAAAAUUAUUCUGAAGGUGCCAGUUUCACUCUGAGUCUAGGACCUAAAGCUGAACAAGUUUCUUCUGUGGUGAAAAGCCCAUUGAAAUCACUGGAGAACUUGGUGCUAGAUCCAAGGCUAGACUGCUUUCAGCAGAACAUGCUGAGUCCCAAAAUGAUUAUCAGUGACCAAUCUGUGGAUCUUAAUGUCAAGGAGAGCAGCGAAAUCAUAAGGAGACAGAUAGGAGGAACUCAGCAUUUACAGUUAGCUGGGAAAGUCAGUUUGAGGAAUAAGCCCUUCAGUAUCAAGGACAAGAUUUCCGAGUGGGAAGGGAAAAAGGAAACACCUUCUCCUCUGGUCAGUCGGAAGGAGGAAGAGCAAGGAGUUAAAGAGGAGCACAAGAUACCAUGUGUGGUGGAGAAGAUGAGUGGGGAAGUUUUGGGGUCUAGGAAAGUGGACACCAAGAGACUUAUAACCUGGGAGUUGGAAUGCAAAGGGAUAGGCAAAGAGAAUGAAAGAAGAGUGGGCACUUCAAAGAGCAUGGGGCAGGGAACAGAGAGGAAAGUGGAAAUGCAGGAGAAGGAAGAGGAGGUUGAUUCCAGUGUUGGAAAAUGCAAGGAGGUGAAAGGUGGUAAGUGGGAGGUCCAGAAAGAGAACCUUUCAGUACUGACUCAGGUCAAGAAACUGGAGCAGGCCUUGAAAGAAGGAUCAGCAGAAUUGCAACCACAGUUGCCAGGUACUUAUUAUUCCCCACACUGUCUGCAGGAGAAGGCAGAUGAGGGACAAACCUUCCCAGAGGACCAGGAAGGUGUUUGUGGCUCUGAACUCAAUAAGAGGCUCCUCAGCUUAGACUCAGAAAUCAGUGAGCCCAUUUUUGGCACUCUGGAAGAGGUGAAAGCAUCUCAAGUGAAAUGCAAGGAUCACAGCGUGGAGAAUGUGUACACAGAACCAGGGAUACCGGAGAAGAAACCCUUCAUCAACCCACUUCCAAAGCCCAGGCGAACUUUCAAACAUGAGGGAGAAGAGGGAUGGAUUCCGGCAGCUAGAAAUAAGAGAAACUUGCCCCCUCUGCCAUCUAUACCUCCCCCUCCUCUCCCUUCUUCUCCUCCCCCAUCAGCUGUCAGCAGAAGACUAUGGAAUGGGAAACAUAAGAAUAAUGCUGACCACAGGAAGUCCUAUGAGUUUGAAGACUUGCUGCAGUCGUCGUCCGAGAAUGGCAGGGUGGAUUGGUACGCUCAGACCAAGCUGGCCCUCACACGCACUUUAUCUGAGGAAAACGUCUAUGAAGACAUUCUGGAUCCACCAUCGAAGGAAAACCCCUAUGAAGACAUUGAGAUGAACAGCCGCUGCCUGGGGAAGAAAUGUGUCCUGACUUUCCCAGCAUCCCCCACCUCCUCUGUACCUGGCACGCCCUCCAAGUUGCUUUCCAAACCCAUUUUCUUUCGACAAAACUCAGAGCGGCGGAGUUUCAAACUGCUGGACAUACGGAAACUGAGUCGUGACGGUACUGGGUCCCCUUCCAAAAUCAGCCCUCCCUCUACCCCCAGCAGUCCAGAUGAUACCUUCUUCUCCCUGGGAGAUUCUCAGAAUGGCAAGAGGAGAAGGAAGAUUCCCAAGCUGGUAUUGAAAAUCAACGUCAUUUAUGAAGCCCGAAGGGGGAAGAAGCGCGUCAAGAGGCUGUCCCAGUCUACGGAGAGCAAUUCAGGGAAAGUUACAGAUGAGAACAGUGAAUCGGACAGUGACACUGAAGAGAAACUGAAAGCUCACAGCCAACGGCUGGUACAUGUGAAGUCCCGCCUGAAGCAAGCCCCACGGUACCAAACCUUGGAGCGGGACUUGAUCGAGUACCAAGAGAGGCAGCUGUUUGAGUACUUCGUUGUGGUAUCACUGCACAAGAAACAGGCUGGGGCUGCAUAUGUGCCUGAAGUCACCCAGCAGUUUCCAUUAAAGCUCGAGCGUUCCUUCAAAUUCAUGCGAGAGGCAGAGGAUCAGUUGAAAGCCAUUCCCCAGUUUUGCUUCCCCGAUGCUAAAGACUGGGCGCCCAUCUACCAAUUUGCCAGUGAGACCUUCUCCUUUGUCCUGACUGGUGAGGAUGGGAGUAGACGGUUUGGAUAUUGCAGAAGGCUACUGCCCAGUGGGAAAGGGAAGCGUCUCCCUGAAGUUUACUGCAUUGUGAGCCGCCUUGGAUGCUUCAACCUCUUCUCUAAGAUCUUGGACGAGGUUGAGAAAAGACGGGGGAUUUCCCCUGCUUUGGUGCAGCCUCUCAUGAGGAGUGUCAUGGAAGCUCCUUUCCCUGCGCUGGGCCGGACCAUCACCGUCAAGAAUUUCCUACCAGGCUCAGGGACUGAAGUAAUUGAGCUGCGGCGGCCUCUGGACUCGAGACUUGAGCAUGUUGAUUUUGAGUCCCUGUUCUCCUCUCUCAGCGUCCGGCACCUGAGCCGAGUGUUUGCGUCCCUGCUUCUGGAGAGAAGAGUGAUCUUUAUAGCAGACAAACUCAGCACCUUGUCGAAGUGUUGUCAUGCCAUGGUGGCUCUCCUCUACCCGUUCACCUGGCAGCACACCUACAUCCCCGUGUUGCCGCCUUCCAUGAUUGACAUUGUGUGCUCACCAACCCCAUUCCUGAUUGGCCUGCUCACCAGCUCACUGCCCCGCCUCAAGGAGCUACCGGUGGAAGAGGUCCUUGUGGUUGACCUCGUUAAUAACCGAUUCCUCAGACAGAUGGAGGACGAGGACUCCAUCCUGCCUCGGAAGCUGCAGGCGGCGCUAGAGCACAUCCUGGAGCAGAGGAAUGAGCUGGCUAGCGACAAGGAGGAGGGCGCUCUGAAUGGCAGACACGAGUCCAGCCCCUUGAAUGAAGUGGUGUCUGAAGCCUUUGUUCGUUUCUUUGUGGAGAUCAUGGGCCACUACUCCCUGUUCCUGACCCCCAGCGAGCGAGAAGAGCGGACCCUACAGCGGGAGGCCUUCCGCAAGUCUGUCUCCUCCAAGAGCCUUCGACGCUUCCUGGAGGUCUUCAUGGAAACCCAGAUGUUUGGAGGAUUCAUUCAGGAACGGGAGCUGCGGAAACAGGGGGUCAAAGGUCUGUUUGAGGUACGUGCCCAGGAGUACCUGGAAACGCUCCCCAGUGGAGAGCAGAGUGGAGUCAAUAAAUUCCUGAAAGGACUCGGUAGCAAAAUGAAAUUCCUCCACAAGAAAUAAGAGUCACGAGCACCAUCGUUCCAUGGAAUAGAAGGAUUUUACAAUUCAGCUAGGGUGACCAGAUAGCAAAUGUGAAAAAUCGGGACGGGGGGUGGGGGGUAAUAGGCACCUAUAUAAGAAAAAGCCCUGAAUAUCGGGACUGUCCCUAUAAAAUCAGGACAUCUGGUCACCCUAAAUUCAGCAGAAACAAAAUGAACUGUUACCAACCAUUCCCACUUAGCCUGCUCCCAAGGGGGUGAAAGCCUUGGAUGCUGAGCUCUGGAGGCAGAAAGGCCAGAAUUUGCUCUUGUGUGAAAGUGGCCCCAUGAGAUGAACAGAUGGCAGUAGAGCAGCCUGGAGAGGUCUCUGGACUCCUACAGUAACAUGCACUGGACCAAGCACUCUAAACUCUGCAGUAGCAUUUUGCAGACCUCCAAAUGGAUUUGAUUUCUUAGUUAUUAUACUUUUGUUCUAUUUAUAUUGGGGUUAGGAAAAAUAUUAACCAUUGACACAUGCCCUGCCUCCUUUCCGAGUGGCACUGUUGGAUGUGAUAAUGGAGACUGGGGGGAAAGGGUCGUAUUACCCAGGACUGAGAACGAAGGAGGACAGAAGGAGGAAAGAAAUAGAGGAAACAUAUGAAAAUAGGUCUUGACAAAAAUGAGGACGCUGAGGACUGCAGGGAUGCCGAAGGACAUGGGCAGGUUGUGCUUACGAAUGAGGAAAGGAGGUGGAGGGGAACCACUAAACCUACUGAGAACUUGAUAUGCCAGCCAACUAAUCGACCGCUAUGCUCUGCAAGGCAGCUGUGUCACAGGCCUCGUGGAGAGGCCUUUCCUUGUAUUGUCUAAGUUGAGAACCUUACACAAUGUAAUUAAAAGUGAGUGGCGUAAAA